AUGUCCAAAAAGGGCGCAGGCGGCCGGAGCAAGGGGGACAAGGCGGAGGUCCUCGCCGCGCUGCAGGCCGCCAACGAGGACCUGCGGGCCAAGCUCACCGAGAUCCAGAUUGAGCUGCAGCAGGAGAAGAGCAAGGUCGGCCGGGUGGAAAGGGAGAAGAACCAGGAGCUCAGGCAGGCGCGGGAGCACGAGCAGCACAAGAGCGCCGUCCUGCUCACCGAGCUGAGGACCAAGCUCCACGAGGAGAAGAUGAAGGAGCUCCAGGCGCUGCGGGAGGCGCUGCUGCGCCAGCACGAGGCCGAGCUGCUGCGCGUCAUCCGGACCAAGGACAGCGAGAACCAGCGGCUGCAGGCGCUGCUGCACGCCGUGCGCGACGGCGGCCCGGACCGGGCGCGCACCGUGCUGCUGUCCGAGGCCAAGGAGGAGGCCAAGAAGGGCUUCGAGGUGGAGAAGGUGAAGAUGCAGCAGGAGAUCUCGGAGCUGAAGGGCGCCAAGAGGCAGGUGGAGGAGGCGCUGACCCUGGUCAUCCGCGCCGACAAGAUCAAGGCCGCGGAGAUCAGGAGCGUGUACCACCUGCACCAGGAGGAGAUCUCCCGCAUCAAGAAGGAGUGCGAGCAGGCUGGAGCCGGGAACAGCCGUGCAGUGGCCAGCGCUCACGCAGGGCUGCAGCCAAGUAAGGGGAAGCCCAGGCCCCUGCUGUGGCCCAGCCCAAGGACGGAGCGUGGUGGCCGCGGGCCGCUUGACCGGAAGGCCGAGGAGCGUGAAGGGAGGCCCGGGCCUCCGUGUCCUCGUGUGGCCGGCACCCCGAGCACAGGGACUCUGCCCGGAGAGCUGCAGCUCACAGGGUCCGAGGGGGAGGCUGUGGUCAUCUGUGGCCACGUCACAGAGCCAGCAGACAGUGGGCUGGCCCUGGGCCGGGGUGGGGGGGCACGAGUGGACAUGGGAGGCCAACUGGAAGCCGCUGCUUUGGUCCAGAUGGAGGAGAUAAAAUUUAAAGACAGAGCAGUCUUCGUGCUGGAGAGAGAGUUAGGGGUUCAAGCCGGGCAUGCUCAGAGACUCCAGCUCCAAAAAGAGGCUCUAGACGAGCAGCUGUCCCAGGUCAAAGAGACCGACCGACACCCGGGCAGCCCCAGGCGGGAGCUUCCUCAUGCAAGCGGUGCAGGAGACGCCUCAGACCACUCGGGAAGCCCUGAACAGCAGUUGGAUGAAAAGGAUGCUCGGCGUUUCCAACUUAAGAUUGCGGAGCUGAGCGCGAUCAUCCGGAAACUCGAGGACCGCAAUGCCCUGCUGUCGGAGGAACGGAACGAGCUGUUAAAGCGUGUAAGGGAAGCUGAAAGUCAGUACAAGCCAUUGCUGGACAAAAACAAGCGCCUCACUCGGAAGAACGAAGAUCUGUCCCACAGCUUACGUCGGAUGGAAAACAAGUUAAAAUUUGUCACCCAGGAGAACAUAGAGAUGAGGCAGAGAGCAGGGAUCAUACGGAGACCCAGUUCCUUGAACGACCUGGAUCAGAGUCAGGACGAGCGGGAGGUGGACUUCCUGAAGUUGCAGAUUGUUGAGCAGCAGCAUCUCAUAGACGAGCUCUCCAAGACCCUGGAGACCGCUGGCUACGUGAAGAGCGUGUUAGAACGUGAUAAGCUUUUAAGAUACCGGAAACAAAGAAAGAAAAUGGCGAAACUGCCCAAGCCAGUUGUCGUGGAGACCUUCUUUGGAUAUGAUGAAGAGGCUUCUCUGGAGUCCGACGGUUCUUCCAUCUCUUACCAAACAGACAGGACGGACCAGACCCCAUGCACCCCAGACGACGACCUGGAGGAGGGCAUGGCCAAGGAGGAGACAGAGCUGCGGUUCCGCCAGCUGACCAUGGAGUACCAGGCCCUGCAGCGGGCCUACGCGCUGCUGCAGGAGCAGGUCGGAGGGACGCUGGACGCAGAGCGAGAAGUUAAGACCCGUGAGCAGCUGCAGGCGGACGUGCAGAGGGCGCAGGCGCGGAUCGAGGACCUGGAGAAGGCCCUGGCCGAGCAGGGGCAGGAUAUGAAGUGGAUUGAAGAGAAACAAGCACUGUUUCGGAGAAAUCAGGAGCUGGUGGAAAAGAUUAAACAAAUGGAGACCGAAGAGGCUCGGCUAAAACACGACGUCCAGGAUGCGAAGGACCAGAACGAGGACAUCCUGGUCUCGGAGCUGAUGAAGAAGCUGGACCUGCUGGGGGACAACGCCGUAAGUGUAGGUUGCUCUCCUGACUCGUGCAUGCCUCCCCGCGCGCCGCCCUGCACGGCCCAGGGCCCCUGUGAGUCCCGCGGUGCCCGGCCCCUGCCCCGCGCGCUCCCGCCUCCGGAGCUGCUCACCAGCCCUCUGGCGUUCACGAGAAAUCCCGUUCUUUCUCACAGUGUUCCCGAUUCCUCCAGCAGCGAUGCUUCUGGCCCCGUGUUCUCAGUUUCUGAACCCCUCCCAGUCUUGAAGUUCUUCCGCAUCCUUGCGGAGGCAGUGGUCCACAGCAGGAUGGCCGUCGUCACCGUGGGCUCCAGGCUCAGCCUGAGUACCAGCCCUGCCCAGGGCUCCGGGGCCUUUCAGUUCACAGCUGGACAGACUGAGGCCCCAGAGGGCACCACCCAGGAGCUCAGAGCUGCUGUGUUGGCCCGCGAGGAUGAGCCCAGGCCUGCCCAGUCCCCCAGCCCUGCAGCUGCCCCCCUGGAGCGCCAGGGGCACGAGUCGGGGCCUGUGGCGUGGAGCAGAGAGGCGGGCGGGGGCACCACAGACCUGUCCCCCCUGCUGGGCUCCCCACUGCUGCCCUGGCAGGCAGGGCGGACGGGUCACCCGGGGGAGGCGGAGAGGGCCCAGACUCCUCGCCACUUGCCUCUGCUCUCCAUGACCGCCCGGCGGCCCCCGGCUGGGCCCAGCCCUGGGGACAGCCCAGCUCGUCCCCUCCAGCCCCUGGUGUUCAUGCAGUGGCUGCAGCAGAUCGAGGAGACGGAGUUGGCCCUGCAGCGGAAGAUGGUGGACCUGGAAAGUGAGAAGGAGCUGUUCAGUAAGCAGAAGGGCUACCUGGAUGAGGAGCUAGACUACCGGAAGCAGUGCUUGGACCAGGCUCAUAAGCACAUCCUGGAGCUGGAAGCCAUGCUGUACGAUGCCCUACAGCAGGAGGCCGGGGCCAAAGUAGCCGAGCUGCUGUCGGAGGAGGAGCGUGAGAAGCUCGGGGUGGCGGUGGAGCAGUGGAAGCGCCAGGUCAUGAGCGAGCUGCGCGAGCGGGACGCCCAGAUCCUGCGGGAGCGCAUGGAGCUUUUGCAACUGGCGCAGCAGAGAAUUAAAGAAUUAGAAGAAAGAAUAGAAGCCCAGAAGAGACAAAUAAAGGAACUGGAGGAAAAGCUUUCAUUCUGUGGUCAUAGCUCGCCUGGGCACUCUGGCGUGCCCCCCUUUCCUCCAACUUUACGGGAGAGCGGCGGGUGCCCGGGCAGCAGAGCGAGGCGCCCCAUCUCGUCCCUGAAGACUCGGAGGAAGCUGGCAUCUGCAGACCCCCUGCCGUCGAGGAGGAGGGAGAGGGGCCUCUGAGCGCCUCCGCGGGGACUGUCCACUUUGAUGAGCCAGAAUGAGAACUCAUUCUCCGACUGGGCUUCUCUGGAGAGACC